AUAAGCUAAGCGGCUUAAAAUUGUUGAUGAUAAAUUUAAAAUGCCAAAUUUUACACUUUUAGCUUAAUACAAAUUAUAGGCUGUAUACACAUAUAAUUCACAUGAAAUAUUUAAAUGUGGAAAAAUAAAUAUAGCAUAUUUACAAUACACGUCCGAAAGAUACAGCAUAUUGCGCAUGCGCAUAUUAAAAAUAACAUUGUAGUUGGUAGCGAUCUGGGAAGUGCGGACUUUGGCAUGAUGCCGAUGGGAUAGGCCGCCAGUCACCGGGCACCCCCCGCCCUGUCUUACUGAUUGCCCAGGCAGGAUUCAGCCAUGGCCAGGUGUUGCCAGCCAAGCCCCUGCUCUAGGUCAUCAGCCUACACCCUGGCCUUGGGCCUUGGUUUCAUCUCCCUGGGCACAACGCGAAUUCUCCUGCUGAAGCUCUCUGCUAAUGCAGAAAACAAGUAUGACUUCCUACCUGCCUCUGUCAAUCUAAUGGCAGAGGGUAUUAAACUGGUAUUCUGCAUCAUAAUGUCUUUGCGGGUAAUAGUCAAGGAGGGACGACCGUGCAGAGAACUUGGCUUCUCUUCCUGUUCGGAGUUCUUGGGCUUCAUGAAAUGGUCCAUUCCAGCGUUCCUCUACUUCCUCGACAACCUCAUCAUCUUCUACGUGCUCACAUACCUGCAGCCCGCUCUGGCAGUUUUAUUUUCCAAUUUUGUCAUAUUGACCACAGCCAUACUGUUCCGGAUUGUGUUAAAGAGGCGUCUGUCCACAGUGCAAUGGGCAUCUCUGGUUAUUCUCUUCCUGUCCAUGGUAGCCCUUUCAAUGGGCACAGGGGGGAGCCAGCAUGCCACGGCGGUGCACGGGCUCCACCCCGGCAAAAUCUUGGUCUCCUCCAACAGCUGCUUGUCCUACACUCACCUGGAGGAAGAGCGGCUGAACCACAGCGCCUCAGACAGGGGGGGGGCACUGGCUGGGGGCUCGUGGAACGUGACGCUCGUGCAUGAUCUGCGUUUUGGCCUGGGCCACGUCCUGCUUCUUCUGCAGUGCUUCAUCUCCUCCAUGGCCAACAUCUAUAAUGAGAAGAUCCUCAAGGAAGGCGACCAGCUGGCCGAGAGCAUCUUCAUCCAGAACAGCAGGCUGUACGUGUUCGGCGUGGUCUUCAACAUGCUCUCCCUGACUCUGCACUCCAACUCUCGCUCCAUGGUUCUGCACUGCGGCCUUCUUCACGGCCAUAACACGUAUUCGCUGGCCCUUGCUGUCGUCACGGCGGCCCUGGGCUUAUCAGUGGCCUUCAUCCUCAAGUUCCGUGACAACAUGUUCCACGUGCUGACGAGCCAGGUCACCACUGUCCUUGUCACCACCAUCUCGCUGCUGGCCUUCGACUUCCGGCCCUCGCUGGACUUCUUCCUGCAGGCGCCCGUGGUGAUGCUGGCCAUCUUCAUCUAUAACAGCAGUCGCGCCCAGGACCCCGAGUUCGCCCUGCAGCAGGAGAAGCUGCGGGUCAUCAACGGGGAAAUGUCUGAGCGCUUGCGAGGGGAUGGCGAGGAGUUUGUGAGACUCACAAAAUCGGACAGCGAGUCAGAGGAGGAUUCUCUAUGAAAGUCUGGAAGGCUUGUCGGAUUCCCUAUGUCUGCCCCAGGGACGCUCUGUAAAUAGCUUGAUGCAACACACGCCUGGUCCCUGUACAGCUGGCACACAGUCCUCUGUUUUUAGGAAGACUCAGCAACUGUGACAACUGUCAGAGUGGACAAAUGUAUGUCAUGUAGAUAUCAGGUCUGCGGGAUGCAUGCAGUGCUGUGUGCAGGAGUGGUAUUUACUCAGAGGUCCUAACUGUCAGCUGGUUUUGCUGUAGUCUGCUGGGAAUCAUUUCAUUUACAGAAGUUACACAUCCCUCGUUCGAAGGUAUUUCUGUGCUAUUAGUGAUGCUUUAGUACCAGAAAAGCAUUACGUUGCAAUUUUAUAAUGACUCUUUGAUAAGCAUUUCUGCAGAAGAUGCCAAAUAAUGUCUCUCUUCCCACCCGUGUGUGUUUUUCUUAACUUGAUCAGCUUAUAAUGACUUUUAAAGUGUCUGAUUUACAGUUUUACUGAAAUCCUUAUUUCCUUAAAGGGUAUUAAAAGGGACUGACUUGUGUUUGUCAAGGAAUUACAUCACCAUGAUUAAAUAAUAUACACAAUUUCAGUGCAUUGUGCUGUGAUAUGAUAUCUCUAAAUUUGAGUCUGAAGGAUAUUUUGUCCAUUUUAAUUUAUAAUCUUUUGAGAAACACCAUUCUGCGUCAAACAAGCUGAGUACAAGACCUCUUGUACUUGAAUAAUGUUUAUCCUCAUAAGUGCAGCACUUUUGUUUGUGUUGACAGGAGGCAUGACAUUAAUGUGAUGAAUAAUAUUUUGGUGUUUUGGUCUUAUUUUGUUCCUAUUUUCUUUGCAAUGUAUGAUUUUUGUACAAUAUUGAACUGUAAAAAAUUAAAAUGAAUAAUUCAACUUUACCUUCAA